CUCAGUUAGUAUUGAACGGUGCUAUAGAGAACAACUUAUAUUCAUAUAAAGCUACAGAAAACGCUGAUAAACUACGAAACAUACCGAUAUUACUAAGCAGCCUAUAGAAAAAAUUUACUUUACAAAAAAUAGAAGAAAAAAAAACAACUUUUAUAGACUUGUAAGCGUUUCAACAUAGACUUAUUUACCAGUAUUUUGCAAGAAACUCUUGCUGUAGAAUCGUGGUAAUUAACUAGUGAAGACAGUGUGAAAAGUGUAGAGUGAAGAAAAUACCAAAAAACUUGAAAAAGUCUUCGUUGAACAGUUGAAAGUUUCAGCAAAGUGACAAUUUCUUAAGAUAUUAAAAAAACGAAAAAAAAAACAUUCACAAGUCAUAUUUGAGUGAUUUUCUUUUAAUUAUCAUUUGAGUUUUUUCGUGUGUGUACAUUUCACUUUUUGGUGAAAACUUCAAAGCAAGAGAUGUUGCGCUGUGGCGUUUUAGUGUUAACAUUAUUGGCCACGCUUGGCAAUCUGCAGGCGCUGCCAUACUAUGACGAUAAUUUCGAUGAUGGAGCCGAAUUUGUGCCACUCGAACAACAACAACAGGCACGUGGUGUCACACCAAAUCUGAGGAACAAACCGUUCGAUGUGGAUGUGGUAACCAGCGAUAUUAAUGGCGGCAACCAGGGGAGCGUGUUUUUCCAGCAAUCGUUCCCCAACUUUGGAAAUGAUUUCUUUAAUCCGUUUGGCGGUUUUGGUUUCGGUGGCUUUGGAGGCACUCCCCGUCAGCACUGGUGGAAGGGUCCAAAUGUCUGCACCGACAAGGAAGAGGACGAAAAAGUAAUCGAUUCCAAAGCCGAUGCGAGUGACACUGAUGAGAUUUUGCCGGGCGUUUCAGAAACCGUUGAUGUGAGACCAAGCAUUUUCGGACAAUUUCAAAUAAGUCUUAAUUCAUGUGUUGAGAAACAUAAUAAAUACGUCUGCACUCGCGUCUUAACACAAAAUGGCAAAAGGAAGACAGUUACCGUAACACGUCAGUGCUGUCAUGGUUAUGGACGUCCACGUAAUGCCGACUUCGCAACACCAUGUGAGAAAAUGGAAAUUAAAAGCAUCGAUGCAACUGCAGCCGAUAUGGGAGCAAAAGAGUUCGUGGCGACUGCUAAGAACAUCGGCAUUGGCGAAGUCUUUGGAAAUAAAAACGUGACCAUCUUCAUGCCCGUAGAUGCAGCAUUCAAUAGCUACAUUGAACAAUUGCAAAGCGAAAAUAACGCCGUUGAGCCUAAGGCCGAUGGUGCCAUGAUGAACUUGUACAAGCGUCAUAUUGUUGAUGGUGAAAUCAGUAUGUAUGAUCUCAAAAACGAUCAGCUACUGAAGACUCAGCAACCUGAUCAGCUCAUACGCAUCAAUACCUUUGAGGUGCCACUUGCUUUGGGCGAUGAACCCUACCGUUUUACAGCCAACUGUAUACCAAUUGAGAAACAUGAUAAGUUGGCGGAACAGGGUUUGGUUCACACCUUGGAUGGUGUAAUGAAGCCAGUGACAAAGAAUAUUAUGGAUUUAAUACGCGAACGCGCCGAUAUGUCAAUUAUGCGCACUGUUCUGGAGACCACUAAAUUGAAUGAGCUGUUGGAGGGUGAGAAACCAGUUACCGUCUUUGUGCCAACAGAUGAUGCUUUCGAGAAAGUAGAUCCACAUCUACGACGUGCACUCAAAGAGGGCAAAGGCUGUGCUGCAAAUAUUCUGAAGAAUCACAUUCUCGAUUUGACCUUCUGUUCCGUUGCCUCCAUACCUGGUGCCAAGACAACCGCCUACAAUGUGCUUGGUGAAGCGAUGCGUUUCAAUCGCAGCGAAUCUGCCGCUGGCAAGUCAGAAGUUGCCGAUUUGAUCGGUGAGCAGCCGGUCGUCAUCAAUGGCAUUGCGAAAAUCAUUGAAGCGGACAUAAUGGGCACAAAUGGCGUGUUGCAUGUAAUUGAUACGAUUCUACCAACGAUGUCGGCUUUGCCGCUAUCGACGUUGAUGCAAGAGAAGAAUGUUACUAUCUUUAAGCGUCUACUUGAGGCCGCUGGCUUGGAUAACAACUACGAUGACAUGGAUAAUGUGACUGUGUUCGCACCAACGGACAAGGCAUUGCAAGGUACGAAGUGGGCUCAACUUUUGGCUGAGUCACCUGAAAAGCUGCGUAAUAAUGAUGAAUUGGUUGAAUUCCUUAACUACCAUGUCGUGCAACCGAUGACAAAGACCUGUGACUUGACUGAUACCACUUUGCCCACCGUUGCCGGUCCAGAGGUGCGUGUAAACCUCUACUCUACGCAUGCGCUCUUCUCCAAUGUUAUGAACCGUGCUACGGUCAACUGUGCACGUCUCGUACAUUUCGAUGACGAAAGCUGCGGUUCAGUGUUGCAUCAAGUGGACAAACCGCUUGUACCACCAAAAAUGAAUCUGUUGCAACUCUUAGAAUCCAAUCCCAUGUAUAGUAAAUUCCUCGAAUUGGUACGUGCUGCUAAUCUAACCAGUGUCUUGACAAAUGCCAGUGACAGCUUCACACUGCUCGUGCCCAAGAAUGAUGUGUUCGAGGAAGUUGCCGACUGGGAGACAACUUUAACUAAAGACAAAUCCGAAUUGGAGAAUCUGAUCAAGACACAUAUUGUGAAUGAUGUUGUCUGCUGUGCCGGUAUUAUACCAACCAAAUGGCCAUUUGUGCGUUCGAUUGAGUCACUUAAUGGCGCACAUUUACGCAUCACCCGCGACCGUCGUCCGAAGAUCGAAAAUGCCGGUGUGACCAAGUGUGAUGCGAUCGCCACGAAUGGCAUUGUGCACGAGAUCAAUGACAUCAUAGUUCCUCACAGACGUCAACAACAACAACGGCCACAACAGCAAUAUCAGCCUGAUGUGGAGAGCUUUGGUGAUUUCUUUUUCUAAACACUUGUUCUUUGGUGAAACAUGAAUACAUACAUACAUAAGUGCAUAUGUAGUUAUAUAAACGUUUGUAUGUAUGAUGUUUAGUUCUCUGAGAAUAAGUAAGCAAUACAUCUAAUAAGCAUUGGGCGGUAAUUAAUUAAAAAAAAAUACGAUAAAAGCUUAACAUUGCGAUAUUUUUUAUUUGUGUGUAUUUAUUUAAUAUAAUCUGAUCUACAUUCGAAUAUAUACAAUACGACCUUUUUUUUUAAUAAAUUAUAUUAUAUUUAUAUGUACGUAUUACACCGAAUUGUGAAUGUUUAUAUUCGCGAAAUGAUUAAAUAAAAAAUCCAAAAAACUAA